GUUCAGCCUCGCGCAUGCGCACUGAACAAACACACGUAACUGAAACACACACACACACAAAAAGAGAGAGAGAGGGAGAGAGAGGCAGCUCUGGGAUCAGCUCAACUAUUUUUUGUUUUGUUUUGUUUUUAAUUUCCAAAUGUAACGCGACAAUAUUACCCACCCGGCUGCCCUUAUGGUUCCCAUAGCAGGACACUCCAUUGAAUUUCUUUCAUGUUUCAUUUUUAAGUCCAACCAAGGCGGAUUUAUCGAAUAGCUCGCUCAUCCGUAGAGGAAAUAUUUUUCUUUCGGUAUUUAACAUUUUAAGUUCGCAAACUUUGGCCACACCUAGAUCCUGCCCUAUUUAAAUCCUAAAAAAAAAAGGAAUUUUUUUUUUUUCUCUCACUGGCUUGAUGGUGGUGCGUUUGUUUGUGUGACGGCGAGUCCCGGCGGUGUGUAACCGGAGAGGGGCCUCACAGAGGGAAUGCAGGACUGCAAUGGAGCACAAUGCAAUACAGUGGUUAGGUGCUCCUUCCUGCCAGAGAGGCAGCUACGCCUUCUACAAGUCGGUCGGCAGCAAGACUCGAGCCGACGGCCCCAUGCGGGUGUGGCGGCUGGGCGAGUUUUACUUUGUUCGCUGCGGGCCGGGCGAUCCCGUGUGCAUCGCUGAGGUGACCUUACUAUGGGAAGACCAGACGCAGCGCCACCUCCUGGCCAGCGCCAGACUCUAUUUCCUGCCUGAAGACACGCCGAAGGGUCGAACCAGGGAGCACGGAGAGGACGAGGUUCUCGCCGUGUCUCGAAAGAUGGUGCUGCGGGUGGAGGACCUGGUGAGGUGGUCGUGCGCCGAGCCGGCAGAGUGGAGCUCCAAACCCAAGGCGGCGCCCUGCAUCGCCAACGGGCUCCACAAACCCGCACAGAGCGGCGACACCGACGGCAACACGACAGACUACAAGCCUCUGAAGGACAAGAGCGAAAAUGGCGUGGCCGAAUGCCAGAGUGUCAAAGUCCUCAGCUACCCGCAGUACUGCCGCUACCGCUCGCUGCAGAGGCGCAUCCAGGACGGCGCCCGAGGCCCGACGCUCCAGGACGCCCACCUGUUGGCUCUGGGCGGCGUCAGGGUGACGCCCAGCACCCGCUUGAUGUACUGCAGGGACACCUUCAACCACCCCACGCUGGAAAGCAGCGUCAGCUUCUCCUGGCAGUUCCGGUGCCCAUCUCUUAGCCUCCGAGGACGACCUCGCAAGAGGCGAGGCCGCGACGGCAGAGAAGGCCCGACCGCUGGUCAGUCGGAAUCCUGGAUUGAAAGGAUGAAGGAGAACGUGAUGGGCAGCGUGGAGGCGGGCGGCGAGGGCGGCUGGCUCCCCCACCCCGAAGAGCAGCUGUUCCUGGAUGAGCUCUUCGCCUUCAUGGAGCGGCAAGGCUCGCCCAUCCACAAAGUGCCCAACCUCGGUUUCAAGAAGAUCGACCUCUUCCUCAUGUACUCGGUGGUCAGACGUCUCGGAGGCUACGAAAAGGUAACGUCAGAGCGCAUGUGGAAGGUGGUUUACAACGAGCUGGGCGGAUGUCCCGGCAGCACCAGCGCUGCAACCUGCACAAGGAGACACUACGAAAGGCUGAUGCUCCCCUACGAAGAGCACCUGAUAGCUGGAGGCAUGGAAAUCAAAAUCCCACAAUGCACCCUGCCCAUGAAGCCCAGAGGCAUCCGAGGGAGGAAGCCGCUCCCACGGGGCCGAAAACCCGGACCCAAAGUCAAAGCCAAGAUGGCGGCCACCCCCCCGAGCGCCAUCACCACCGCUGACGGCGCCGCGGUGUUAGUGAAGCGAGGGCGAGGCCGGCCGCCUGGCAAGCGCAACAAGGCCACGCUGCUCGCUCAGGCCAAACUGCUGGCUCAGCAACAAGCCAAAGUCAAAGCGGAGUCUCUGAAGCCUCUCCUUCCGGCCCGGGGCAGCGGUGGAGUGCCGCCAAACAGCAGCAGCACGCAGCAGGUGUCGCAGCGUCUCCCUUCUCCCUCCCUGCAGCCCAUCCAGCCGGCCCUCCUCCCCGUCAACAUGCCCCCCACCCCGGACCUCUCCCCCAUGUCCACCCCCUUCCUCCCCUUCCCGCCCAAGCCAAAGGAGCCCAAGGAUCGGGCCGGGGAGUCCGCAGCUUUGGCUCCGGGCGUCCUCAUCUCCGCGCUGCCUCGCCACUUUGUGGGCGGAUCGCUGGGCGGAUUCAGUCCCAUCAAAGGUCUGUGUCCCCUGGACGUGCUGAGGAACUGCGUGGGCUUCCAGAAGGUCCUGGAGAGCCCAGCCCUGACGCCCCAAGAGCCGAGUCAGCCGCAUACUACGAUCUACGCCCUCCAGCCUAAACACAGAAGCCCGGAUACCCCCGUGCCGAGCGGAGACCAGCCGCCGGCCCCGGCCCUCCCAAUUCAACAGCACCGGAACCCGUUGCCGGGGCGCAACGUGGACGAGGACGGCCAGAGGGGAGGGGCUCGGGAUGCCAGGAACCGUCACCCUUUGCCCCCGCUCCGGGUUCUACCUUUGGACCUGGACUGUAGUGUACAAGUGCGACAGCUGAUGAGGACUCGUCUGGGCUCGACUCAGUUCCAAACCUUCACCCGCCGGUUGUCCGAGGCCCUCUCCCAGGACCUGAGCGCCAAGCCGCCCUGCUCGCCCAUCACGCCGCCGCCCGAGCAGGCCCUGCCCCUUAACCUCAGCAAGCGCUUUACUCUCAAGAGACCCGGGACGGACCCGGUCGAGCUCGGUCGAGCGACCACUAACGGAACCGCCGACGAGCCGUCUCUCAAGAAAGUCAAAGCAGACUGCCUGGAGCGUGCUGAGGACUUCAGCCCGGGCGGGGGCGGCGGCGGCGCCGGGCGCCGCGAUUCGGGGUCCACUGGCCGCGAGGGCCAAGAACUGGGACACAAGAACCAGGAGGAACCGGCAGACCUGAGCUCGCCUAGCAGGAUCAGGGCUUUCCUGCUCGGCCUGCCGCCAUUCCAGGUGAAACUGGACGAGGAUCUGAACGGGAUGAAGUUUGGCAAAGUCCUUCCGUCGGGCUCCGGCGUGGAAAGCCAGAGGACCGUGACAGUUUUGAAAGACGCCGAAGCGGCGAUAACGGAGACAAGCGACCACAAGUCAGAGUCUGUAACCAAACAGGUAGGAAAUGUCGAAAUGCUUAACGUGGACGUCAAGGACGAAGGGAACGCUUCGGUGGACAAAAUGGAGGACUUCGGCGAUCAGAUGAUAGCCAGUGUGCAAAAGUGUGAUGUGGAGACCUCCCAGGGCCACCCGAGCCCCGUUCUGCCCCAGACCAGCGCUCUGGUCCUGGCCCAGCAGAGCUGAAGAACAUCCACCCACAAAACUAUGAGCCACAUUUAUUUGGUUUGCUUUUUAGCAUAAGCGUCCCAGCCUGGUUGGGAGGGAGGGGCCAACAUCUGAGCUCAUUAACUUUUGUUUUUGUGGGGUUUGAUCACAUUCUUACAGUCUCACAGACAAUCACAAACCAUUUCUUUCUUUCCAGUGAAGUAAGAAGCAGAGACUCUUGAACAAACACUGCCACGUAGCCCUAACCCUUCUCAUCCAUUAUUCAAAAGAAAUAUUGAAUAAGAGCUAUAAAUAAAUAAAAGCUAAGUCUAUUACGCAUAUGGGUGAUGCUAUGCAUCGAGGCGUCAUAAUGAGCAUCUGUACUGUAUUCCGGUAGCUUAAAAUUUGAAAUUGUACUCUACUUCUGUCGAGAGAAAGUUAUUUUCUGAUAUAAAAAGAAAAGAAAAAAAAACGACAACAAAUGUUCCUCGGGAGUCUUCGCAUAUAUCUCGUUGCGUGAGGCGCUCCCGUAGUCGUGCUCGUUAGUUAGCUAGGUGUUAUAUAAAGUGUACUAUUCAUUUGCUUUUCCGACACGUACGUGCCUUAAGGGGCCCGCGGUCAUCGCCGGCUUCACUUCGCUUUAAAGAGAUACCUUGACGUCGGGUCAUUUGGCGAGAGAGAUUGGAUCCAUUGUGGGGCCGUGUUGAUAUAGGACAGUGUUUCGCAACCUUUAUUGAGCUGAGGCACAUACACCGCUCAUCGGAUUCUGGUUGAAAUUGAAAGAUGAAUUUUAAAGUCACUAUAACCUUUUGUUGGUGAACUUCACGUUGACCGUCGCGAAACUUUCGAACGCACGUCCAACUGUUCAAUCUUUCUUUUUCAUCAUUUGGGAAAUUGGAUAAUUUGAUUGGGAAUCGCUGACACAGCCCUAUUCAAAAUAUUCACAAAUGCAUGAAAAUUUUCCCCACAUUGGAUGCUGCCAAGAUAAAAAAAAGUGAGACUUCACAUGUCAAGGUGUCCCUUUCGUCUCUGCCUUUUUCCUUUUGAAAUCAUCCGUUUAACUUUAUGGUUCAAAAUUUGCACACCUCCAUAUUUAUAUGCCUGUCAUGCUUUUCUUUUUCUCUCUUGAGCAGCGGAAGCCUCGGCAACUAAUGUUCAGCCUUCACGGUUACCUGGUGCUGUUUGUUUCUCGUCAUACAGCGGUUGCCAUAUUGUUGCUGCGCCAAAGCGAAUAUAAUAUCCAACACUCAAACCUCCACAAACACUACAAACGACAACCCAAAAUCUUUCACAUGCGUUGUCUAUCACAAGAUAGUGGAAUACUUCCCAUUUGUCUUUUUUUUUUUUUUUUUUUUUUUUCACUCCCCAUUACCUUUGGCUACGCAUUCAUAUUUAAUGUCGCCCUGCGUCUGAUCAUUUUACGCAGGGAUAAAUAUGGAUGAUUCUUUCUGCAGUUUAAUUUUGUAUUUAUUUAGAGUGAAGAGUUAAGGCGGCGCGUGGCUACUAUUGCUGAGCUGAGAAUAAACUUGUAACAUUACGUGAAAAGUAAAGAAAAAAAGUUGCAAUGCUACGCAAAAAAAUGGGAAAGAACACGUUACAAGAAUAAAGUAAUAUUACGAAGAAAAACUUUGAAUUACAUUUUAUGAGAAUUUUAUGAGAUGAAAAAUAUAAUAUGUUGUAAUGUUAGGAAGAAAAAAAUAAAAUCUAAGAGAAUAACGUCACAUUAGCAGAAAAAAAAACCAAUAAAUUUACUAGAAUAAAGUCAUAUUUACGAGAUUAGUUCUAAUGUUAAAAUAACCAGUAAUAUACACCCCAAAAUACAGGAAAAAAGAUAUAUAUAUAUAAAAAUAUAUUACGAGAAUAGUGUAAUAACGUUGGGAGAAAAAAGUCAUAAUGCUAUGAGAAUAAAGUUUUAAUAUUAUGAGAUAUGUAAGUUUAAAAGGGGAAAAUUUGUCAGAGAAAAACAAAUUUUAUUACAGGAAUAAAGUUGUAAAUUUACGGCAAUAAAAACGUCAUUUUAUAAGAAACAUUAUUACAAGAAUAAAGUCGUAAUUUUCUGAGCAAAAAAGGUGUCAAUUUACAAGAGAAUAUUACAGGGAAAAGAUUUUACGAGAUCAUACUACUAAGUCGUAGUGUUUGGAAGAAAACGUUUAUAUAUUCGUGAAAAAAAUAGUCAUACUUUAAUUACAAAAAAAGUAGUCAUUUUAGGAGCAAAAAGUUAAAAUGUUACACAAUUCUUAAAAAUAUUACAAGAACAUUGUUGUAAUAUGAGACAAAAUAUUGAAUUCUACUAGAAUUAAGUUGGAAUUUUAUGGGAAAAUGAUAUUUAAAAAUGUUGGAAUGUUGUAACACUACAAGAAUGGAGAAGAGACGAACUCGCGAGAAAAAAAGGCGCAACUUUUGCUCGCUUUACAAUAGAAAAAGUCGUAUUGAGAAAAAAGUGUCAUCAUUUUCAUAAGCAAUACUCAAGUUUAUUUACCCUUACCUGUUAUGAUUGUGCGGGAAUUUUGGACCACAUUACUAUGUAACUAAAUAUUCUCAUAGCCAUUGUUGUUUUUCUUGUAAUAUUACAAAUUUAUCCCCGUAACAUUGAGAGGUAGAAGUAUUUUUUCUUGUAAUAUUACAAAUUUAUUCCGAGAACAGUAAGAGGUCUUUUUUUUUAUUUGUUUUUUUUUUUGGUACUAAUAUUACCAAAAUGUAAUAUUGCCAAACUUUAUUCGGGUAACAAAUUAUAAUUGUAGUUUAUUUUUUCCUCUUUAAAAACAUGCAACUUUAUUCUCCUCUUCCUUCUUCCAUACGGGACCUAAUUGUCUAAAGUGGCGUUUUUUUGUGCUUUGAGAAAGAAACAUAACAGCCACUUUAAUACGCGCGUGCCAUUUUCAUUUUGUCUUGUCGCUACAGCAAAAACAUUUUGUUGCAUCACGUUCACUCUUCAAGCUACUUUGUUGCUUUGACAUUGUCGCAGCAGCUCACUGGGUGCCAGUUGGUUUAUUUUUUGUUUUUGUUUUUAACAUUCUUGCAUGUUUUAUGUUGGACGAUAUGCCACUGAGGCUGAACGCCUGCUG